AUGUAUUACUGCGAGAUAGGAUGGAGCCUUAUAUGCGCUUGUAUUGCAAUAGUUUUGACUGGCAUUGGCUCCUACAUCUAUCUCAUGGAACAUCGAGUUAUCCGUGAACGUCAGUUGAGUCAGAUGCGAAGAAAACAGAUUCAUAAUGCUAUCAUGUCUUCUUGUCGAGAGGAAGUAGCGAUGGCUAUACGAGCUCGGAUGACUGUACUCUAG